UGCGGUCGAUUUCUUGCAUCGGCCAGCUUUGAUGCAUCUGUGGUUAUCUACAAUAUAGAGGAGUACGUUGCUUUGUUUAAUUUACAAAUUAUUGCUGACAAAGACUAUUUAGUGGUAAAAUGUUGUGCAUUUUCACCUUCUGACGAAUUCCUAGCAACUUGUAGUCGAGAUAAGAGUGUAUGGUUUUGGCAAAUGGAUGAAGACGAUGAUUUUCAAGUUUGUUCUGUACUUCAGCAACACACUCAAGACGUCAAAUUUGUCAAAUGGCAUCCAUCUGAAGAGGUAAUUAAUAUCACAUGUUGA